GCACGGACAGCGUUGGGCCCAUGGUGCGCGUGUCCCCCCCACCGCGUUUGUGCUGCCGCCCUCGCAACAGAGUGUGUUUCUGUUCAGCCUCACAGUCAUGGCUGCUUUAAGUAAGAUACCACACAGCUGCUACGAGGUCGGUCAUACCUGGCACCCGUCGUGUGUGCAGUCUGCCGCAGACAUAACUAAGGGGGCUCUGGAGGUGUCCUUCAAAAUUUACGCCCCUCUUUACCUGAUAGCAGCAGUUCUACGGAGAAAGAAGAAGGAUUAUUAUUUAAAGAGGCUUCUCCCUGAGAUCCUGUGGUCUACCUCUUUCCUAACUACCAAUGGAAGUCUCUUCAUUGUUUUCUUCUGCAUUCUCAGGAAAUUGCUUGGAGGGUUUUACCCAUGGUCCUCAGGGUUUGGGGCAGCUUUGCCGGCCUCCUACAUCGCCAUCCUUCUGGAGAGGAAGAGCAGGAGAGGUCUGCUGACAAUAUACAUGGCAAAUCUUGCCAGUGAGACUUUGUUCCGCAUGGCAGUGACACGAGGCAUCGUCAAGCCCAUUAGACACGGAGAGGUGCUCUUGUUCUGCAUAACUGCAUCAAUCUUCAUGUUUCUCUUCAGAAGCAACGACGGCCUUAAGGGCUUCGCAUUUUCUGCACUAAAAUUCAUUAUUGGGAAAGAAGAGAUUCCAACUCACUCUAACAUGGCAGACUCUGUUGACACGCCAGCUGCCAUAGAGACCGAACACUCACAGGUCUCAGCAGAAAAAGUCGACCACAAGAGGAAAUCUCUGAUCGCCUACACCAGGAAGCUGCUGGAAUCAAUAUGCAAACAUGGUCCAAGACACAGAUGUUGUAAACAUUACCAGGAUAACUGCAUUUCCUACUGUGUUAAAGGUUUCGUCAGGAUGUUCAGUAUUGGCUAUCUUAUCCAGUGUUGUCUCAAAGUGCCCUCAGCAUUCAGGCAGAUGUUCUCCAAACCAUCUCGGCUGCCUUCUGUCUUCUACAACAAAGAGAACUUCCAGCUGGGGGCCUUUCUAGGCUCUUUUGUCAGUAUUUAUAAGGGAACGAGCUGCUUGUUGCGCUGGCUGCGUAAUAUUGAUGAUGAACUUCAUGCACUGAUAGCUGGCUUCCUGGCUGGUAUCUCGAUGUUCUUCUACAAAAGCACAAGCAUAACCAUGUACCUCUUCUCUAAGUUGGUGGAGACCAUGUACUUCAAAGGCAUUGAAGCAGGCCGGUUCCCUUACUUUCCACACGCAGAUACGGUUAUUUAUGCCAUCUCCACUGCUAUCUGUUUCCAUGCUGCAGUAAUGGAAGUGCAGAACCUCAGACCUUCAUACUGGAAGUUCCUGCUGCGCUUAACACAGGGCAGAUUUGCCCUGAUGAAUCGAGAGCUGCUCGACGUGUUUGGGACAGAGGCGUCCAGGAAUUUUAAAGGGUUUGGACCCUCGCUAAUCAGCCGGACUGUGCUUCCACCUGGAGGGGACGCUAAGCUUGGGUGACUUGAGGCAAAAGUCUUGAGAUAAGACAAAAGAAACGACAAGAGAAAGUGGACCAUCAGAGUUACUUAAGGCUUUGUAAUGGUGACAUACCUGAGAAGAAGAAAUAUUGUAGCGAUUCAAAACCUGAAGAUUGGGUCAAAGCAGGACAUUGUGACUUUCGUUUGUGAAGCAGCACAAGUAAGCAUACUGACAGUGACUGAACACUUGCAGGUAGCUGGGAAAAAUAUAUAAAGAUCCAUAAUUACUUUCAAAACAUAUCAUUUAGUUUAAAAAAAUUCUAGUGUAACUAAACUGAGCAAAGCAGAAAUCUCACAAAGAAGCCCUUUUCUUUUCUGAGUAGAAGUCCAGGCCCACAUUAGAUAACCUUCAAACCUACUGAUAAUCAGUCUUCAGUUAAUAAAUUGCUAUAAAUUCAUUGGUUGUUCCAUUCUGGCAAAAAGACUGCAUAUAAAAGAAAAAUGUAAAAAAAACUUAUAACUAAUAAAAGAAAUCUAGUAAAAGUCUGCUAAACUAAUCCUUGCAUCACAUUUAAAUAUAACAAGAUCGUAAACAAAUACUUUAAAACACCAGAGGUGUCCUCUUAAUAUAUUUUAACCGUUUCAGAAAAUCUGAUCUUGUCUGAUCUAUGAAAUUUCAAGUUAAAAUAAAGGAGACAUUUAUUUCCAACCUACUCAACAAGGAAAUGACUAAAGCUAUGGUUUUGUUUGACAGGAAAUACAAUUUGUGCUAAAAUGUAAACUAGAGUGAUGUAAAUAAUCUCAGUUUCACUAUGGCCUCCAACGUUCAGCUCUUUAUUCAGGAGGACUUAUGAUAUUAGCAGUUUUAGUUUACUGCAUAAAAAAACACACUCGUUCAGUUUUCAGUCAUGUCUUUCAGUUUUAAGUCACCAUUCUGUUCUUUGUGACAUUGUUUCAUUGGUUUUGUUCAGAUAAGGGAUGGAAAGCAAAGACUGUGAAUAAAAUAUGGAAAAAGUAA